GUAAUUCUAUUCUCAAUUAUAAAAAUUUAAGAUGGAGCUUUGUGGAAGAAUUUUUUUGAUCCAAUUAGUCCUUAUGUUUACCGUUAUGGCACAGUUUCAUUAUAUCGUUUUACAAAUUUUGUUGACUAGGAAUAGCAUUUUUAAUCAGAUGAGUUACAACUUGGAAGAUGUUGAAGGAAACAUAAUAUAUGAAAUUCAUUUCAAAGUUGGGCUCUUUUCCCGGAGUGAAGGUUUACAGCAUUUGGUUCAGUACCUUACAAACCCCAUAUUCAAUUUGGUUCUGCAUUGAGUUUGUUUAAUAGUAACAACUACAGCAAAGACAAUAUAAUUAGCAUUUGUAUGCUGCCUGCUAUGUGUCAAUUAGUAGGCUAAGUGCUUUAUAGACAUUUCCUCAUUUGAUCUGCCUAGCAGUGCUUACUUGUAGGUACUGCUAUUAUCUCUAUUUUACAUUUGAGGAAACAGGCAAUCAGCAGUUGUGACUUGCCCAGGGCCACAGUGCCAAUAAGUGUCUGAUAUGGAACCUGAACUCAGAUCUUUCUGAUGGCUAAGUCUAACUCUCCAUUCAAUGUGCUACCAGCUGUCUUUUGAUUCAUAACCAGAAUACAGUAAAAGUGCUUCCUCAUGUAUGGACGUGGUAGAAAACUCUAAGAGAAUUUAACAAGCUCUCUUGUUGAGAGGUGAAAAAUCAUAUUUUGUUUUUAGCCCCGAGACCAAGCAACAAAAUAAAUGGCUAGUUGCUACAUUUAAGAUGUAUUUUUUGGGGGGUUAGUGACAAGUAGUAUAUUAAAUGUAUAAAACAACCUUUGUGAAGAUAGUUUGUUAUGUGCAUGGCUAGUGAUCAUGCUUUUCAAAGAGCUCAUCAUCUCCACUGGAAGAACCCAAACAUUUGUAACUUCUCGAUGUUUUGAUCAUAAUACUGAUGAGAUGAAAUUUUAAAAUAUCCUUGGAGUGAGAGAACUAAGCUGGUGCAGUGUUCAGAAAGUAAAUGAGGGUCUGUACAUACCUAUGACUGUCCAUUGGAAAUAGAUUUGCACUGGUAUGUCAAACCUGUCUGGCAGUUUGGAAACAAUUUGAUGUCAGGCUGAGAAACUGAAAGAAUCUGUUGCACUUAGAAGUAGACAGAGUUUGAUAUAAUUACUUCAUGAACAGAAAAAUUAUUGAAUGACUGAUCAUGACAGUUUGUAGUCAAUGAGGAUAAAUUUUAGAAAAUAAGGAUAAAUUUGGAUAAGGGCUGUCUUGAAGUGGUGGGUUAAAACAGCAUCUGUUAUACCUCAGAGGAAUAGGUAAAAAUGAUUGGCAGUCAUGUUGUGGUCCCAGACAUAGAAAGAGAAAAAAAAUUUAAAAGUUCACCAGUGAAAUUACUACAUUUAAUGAUUUAAUAUGAAAUGAUAUAAAGGGAUUUUCUUAAUCUCUCCUUAAGAGGCUAGAGAGCAAGGUUUCUAAGUAGAUCAGAACUUACAGGUUCAGUGAAUCAGUAAGCCAGAACUGAAGAUUCCAUUACCAAAGAGACCAGGACCUGAGGAGAGGAAGUAGGCGGCCCUAUGACAGGAAGUUAGGGGGGACAGUUGGUCAGUGAGGAGAUAGAGGAAGCAACUGCUGAUAAUUGAACGUCUUUUGCCUCUGGGAUCUCUAGAGAGCAGGAGCUCUGUCUCUGAGGCAAGGAUCUGCUGGCAGUUGGCUACUGACAGCUGGGCUGCUAUAGAAAACUGAUUGAAGGAAUGCAGUGACCAGAUUUAAAGUGAAGGAGACUAUUGCCAACCUGAGCAUUUCUGUGGAAGAAUCUUGCCAGCUUAGAUUCAUGAAUGAUGGUCUUUGUGACGUCGAUUUCAGAGAACUCUGUGAAUCUGAUACCACGGUAGAUAAAAAUUCAAAGAAACCCUGUCAAUCUGAUGAAGUGGGAGAGAGCUUCACACAGUUUUCAGACCUAAAUCACUGUAAGAAUACAACCUCAAGGAAUGACUGUUUUCAGUAUAGUAAAUAUAGGGACUGCUUUACUGAACAGGUAGAGCUUAAUCAGGCACACGAGAAGCCUCCUGAAAUGCAAAUAUAUCAAAGUAGUCAGCAGAAAAUGACUUUCAGCUUGAGGUCAAACCUCAGUAGACAUCAGAAAAAUUAUUGUGGCAAAAGUCUUUCUACAUAUAAUGAAGAAAGAAAGACCUUUAGCCAGAACUCUAAGAUCAGGAACCAUCAGAAAAUUCAUACUCGAAAGAAGCCUUAUGAAUGUAAUGAAGGAGUAGCAACAAUAACCCAUCACUCAUCUGUUCCCUACCAUCCUAGAUUUUAUAUUGGAAUGAAAACACAUGUAUGUAACCAGUGUGGGAAGGCCUUUCGUUGGAACUCAGAUCUUGUUAGGCAUCAGAAGAUUCAUACUGGAGAGAAGCCUUAUAAAUGUAAUGAAUGUGGGAAGGCCUUCUCUGACAGAUCACACCUUAUUGGCCAUCAGAGAAUUCACACUGGAGAAAAACCUUAUGAAUGUAAUGAAUGUGGGAAGGCCUUCAGCUACAAAUCAGUCCUUAUUGGCCAUCAGAGAAUUCACACUGGAGAGAAACCUUAUGAAUGUAAUGAAUGUGGAAAAGCAUUCCGAUGGAGUAUUAGUCUUGCUCUACAUGAGAGAAUUCACACAGGAGAGAAACCCUAUGAAUGUAAUGAAUGUGGGAAAACUUUCCAACAGAAAUGCAAUUUUGCUGCACAUCAGAGGAUACACACUGGAAAGAAACCUUAUGAAUGUAAUCAGUGUGGAAAGGCUUUCUGUUCCAGAUCAAGCUUUUUGCACCAUCAGAGAAUUCACACUGGAGAGAAGCCUUAUGAAUGUAAUGAGUGUGGAAAGGCUUUCCAACGUAAUUCUGAUGUUACUACACAUCAGAGGAUCCACACUGGAGAGAAACCUUAUGAAUGUAAUCAGUGUGGGAAGGCCUUCUAUUCCAGAUCAAGCUUUUUGCACCAUCAGAGAAUUCACACUGGAGAGAAACCUUUCCAAUGUAAUCAGUGUGGUAAGGCUUUCCAACGUAACUCUGACCUUGCUGCACAUCAGAGAAUUCACACUGGGGAGAAACCUUAUGAAUGUAAUCAGUGUGGAAAGGCUUUUAGAUACCUUUCCAGUCUUGCUAAACAUCAGAGAAUCCACACUGGAGAGAAACCUUAUGAAUGUAAUCAGUGUGGAAAGGCUUUCACAAACAGCUCUAGUCUCGCUACACAUCAGAGAACCCACACAGUAGAGAAACCUUUUGAAUGUAAUCAAUGUGGAAAGACUUUCCGACAGAACUCCAAUCUUUCAAUACAUCAGAGAAUCCACACUGGAGAGAAACCUUAUGAAUGUAAUCAAUGUGGAAAAACUUUUAGAAAGACCUCCCAUCUUGCUGCCCAUCAGAGAACCCACACUGGAGAGAAACCUUAUGAAUGUAAUCAAUGUGGAAAGGCUUUUACAAGAAACUCUAGUCUUGCAACACAUCAGAGAAUCCAUACUGGAGAAAAACCUUAUGAAUGUAAUAAAUGUGGGAAGACUUUCAGACAGAACUCUAAUCUUGUCGCACAUCAGAGAAUUCACACUGGAGAAAAACUUUAUGAAUGUAAUAAAUGUGGAAAGACUUUCCGAAAUAACUCCCAUCUUGUUACCCAUCAGAGAAUCCACACUGGAGAGAAACCUUAUGAGUGUAAUCAAUGUGGAAAGACUUUCACUCAGAGCUCCCAUCUUAUUGCCCAUCAGACAAUUCGUAAAAAAGAGAAUUCUUGUGAUCGUGGAAAGGCUUUCCAGUGGAACUCCAGUCUUUCACAUCAGUCAGAGAAUCCAUGCUGAGGAGAAACCUUAUGGACAUAAUGAAUGUUGAAAUGUUUUUUGAUUUGAUUACAAUCUUGCAGCAUAUCAGAAAAUCCACCCAGCUGAGAAAGCUUCUGAAUUAUAAUCAGUGUGGAAAGACUUUCCCACAGAGCUAUAUGGAGAAACCACAGUUUAAGCUUCCUGAGCAUCAUAAAUGUGAUUUUGUUGAACAUGACAAAAUCCAAACUAGAGAGAACUUUGAGGAACAUAAUCAAUGUCAUGAAGCCCUCAGACAACUGUCACCUUUUAUUUCUCAUCAGAAUAGUCAUAUUAGAGAGAAAUCUAAUCAGUCAUAAAUGAGUAAAGGCAUUCAAAUGGCAUACAGAGCUUGUUCAACAUCAGAAAAAUUCUGUGGAGAAGUUCUAUAUGGAUCCAAUGUCAGAAGACAUUCUCUUUAUAUCAGAGGAUUUAUAGAGGAGAGAAGCCAUAUGAAUGUUCUCAAAGGAGAUAUGAAUCAGGAGAACUGUAGACAAUAGAAUAUUCAUGUUGGGUUGAAGGCUUAUAAAAGCAAUGGUUGUCAAAAGGCCUUCCUUCUCCUAAAGCUCAUACUUGACUGUGUCUUGGAGAUGUCAUACUGGAGAUAAAACUUAUGGAUCUGAUUAAGAAGGGAAGACUUCUUGCUCCAGCACAGACUUUACUAAUCUCCCAAUAUGAGAAAUAUUCCAGAUUUUAUACUGUGCAUAAAGAUCUAUAAAUGUAAUGAAUUUUUCUCUGAAAUCCUGUUACCAUUACUCCUUCAUAUUUCAUGGUAUUUAUAUACUAUAUAUAUGAAAUAUAUACAUACACAUAUAUAUUUAAAUACAGUCAUUUCCCAGUUGAUUGGCACUCACUUUGUUUCCUAUUGUUUGCUGGCAUAAAAAAGUCUCCUAUAAA